AUGAUGCAAGCGAUACCGGCUCCUACUCAGCCUCAAGUAGAAUUAAUCCAGCCUGGUGGGCCACCUCCAAUUACCUCCUUGUUGGAUCAAAUGCCCAACCCUCCUACUGAAAAAUUACCUGUUCACAAGACAUCCGGUUCAGAGUCCUCGGAUGUAGAUGCAGUCACUGGAGCGAGAAAAGCACCGACUCCUCAACUCAUCUGCCUCGAGUGA